CAAAAUUUUGGGAGACACACUUGCGAUCGAAUUCGGUGACCCCUCAAAAGUCCUGGCUCCUGACCUCAGUGCUUGACAAGAAGGGCCGCGACAUGAUGGCUGAAGAAAAAGUGGCUAGCAAGAAGCUCCCCCGUGCAUGGGAUGCUCUUACUCCGCCCCUGGCGGAGUGGAUUCUGGACGCAGUAUCGUCAAUGGGCUACACACAGGCCACUCCAGUCCAAAAAGCAACCUUCGAUUUCUUCCGCGGGAACAAGGACGUCGUUGUCGAGGCUGUUACUGGAAGCGGGAAGACGGUCGCAUAUCUUAUUCCGGUCAUUGAGCGCCUGCUGCGAGCCGAUGAAUCCGCCAAGCGGAACCAUGUCAAAGCAAUUAUCAUCUCCCCGACGCGCGAAUUGGCGGCGCAGAUAUUCAAGGUGCUUCUCGACUUGCUCGCCUUCCACCAGGACUCGGCAGAGUUCCUCCCCUACAUACAGAGCGACGAUAGGCGUCCAGAUACGGCCGGCCGCGUUGUCGUGCCUCAGCUCUGCGUCGGCGGCACCGUCAAGGCUGCAGAGGACCUCCGAGGCUUCCUGCGAUUGUCUCCUAACCUCCUGGUUGGGACGCCGGGGCGGUUGGCGGAGCUCCUCUCCUCGCCUCACGUGAAGACACCCUCGACCUUCUUCGAGUGCUUGGUUCUCGACGAAGCCGACAGAUUGCUGGACAUGGGCUUUCACGACCCCUUAUCCCGAAUCCUCGGCUUCCUCCCGAAAACGAGAAGGACAGGCCUCUUUUCCGCCAGCGUCAACGACGCCGUCCAGGAGAUCAUCCGGGUUGGUCUGCUCUAUCCCCACAAGAUAACGGUCCGGGUCAAGAGUCUGAAGGAUGGCGAUAUCGUCGACAAGAAAACCCCGGCCAGUCUAGAAAUCAAGUACCAGGUAACCAAGGCCAGCGAGAAGAUCCCCGCCCUGUGCCAGAUUCUCGAGAAGCUGGAGCCCAGGCCACAGCGCACGCUCGUCUUCCUCUCGACCUGCUUCGCGGUGAAAUACUUCAGCCGCGUGCUCCCGUCCAUCCUCCCAAAGGGCUUCUCCCUGAUCGCGCUCCACGGCAAGCUCGAGCCGCAGGCCAGGGAGCGUAACUUUGCCCGGUUCCUCAGCUCCACGUCGCCGACCGUCCUGCUGACCACCGACGUGGCGGCCCGCGGCCUGGACAUCCCCCAGGUGGACCUCGUCGUCCAGAUGGACCCGCACACCAAAAACUUCAUCCACCGGUGCGGACGGGCCGGCCGGGCGGGGCGCAAGGGCCUCGCGGUGGUGUUCCUCCACCCCGGCCGGGAGGAGGGCUACGUGCAGUUCCUGGAGGUGCGCCAGACGCCCAUGACGCCGCUGACGCGCCCCGCCGUCGCCGUGACGGCCGGCGAGUGCGAGCGCGCGGCGGCCAGCAUGCGCGCGCAGGCGCGCGCCGACAGGGACGUCUACCAGAUGGCGCAGCGCGCCUUCGUGUCGUGGGUCAGGAGCUUCAUCGAGCAGCAGGCCUCGAGCAUCUUCCGCACGGCCGACCUGGACUGGGCCGACCUGGCCGAGGGCUACGGCCUGCUCGAGCUGCCCAAGAUGCCCGAGCUGCGGGGGCUCGACGUCGACCGCUCCCUGGGGCUGGGCAUCGACGCGGAGAAGAUCCCGUUCAAGGACAAGACCAGGGAGAGGAAGCGGCAGGCCGAGCUGGCCGAGUGGAAGGCCGCCAAGGCGAGCCGGGCCGCCGACGGCGGGGACGGGACGCCGUCGGGGCGGAAGAAGAACGAGGCCUGGAGCGGGAAGCACGAGAGGGAGGACGUCAAGGUCGCGAGGCGGGAGAAGAAGCGGCGGAAGAGGGAGGCCGAGCUGGUGGGCAAGAUGACGGAUCAGGAGAAGGAGGAGCGGAGGAAGCUGGAGGAGAUGAUCGGCGAGGUGAGGAGGAAUAACGCGGCCAAGGCACUGCAGGGUGAUGAUGACGAGUUUGAAGGGUUCGGGGAUUAAUGGCAUGGGCUGGAUGCAUGUCUCUGAUAAACAUACCCUUGUUGUAGUAGCGCAUCUAUGCAAAGCAUCAAGAGACAGUUGGUUGUUGCACUGGAACAAUUGGGGAGAUUCAUCGUCUCAGCCAUGGCGUAACGAACGGAUGUGGUAUCAUUAUCAAUAACAACAGAGGUAUAUGGUAUCCCCAGACUUCCUGCCUAAUUCCAGUGUUCCAUUAUCCAUCCAGGGGUAUCCGUUUGAAAGGCCAACG